GGGCCGGCGGCUAUGCGCGGGCCGGAGCCAAAAGGAGAGCGAAACGGUGUGUGAUGUUUUCUUGCCAAUUUUGAGACAUAUUUUCCUGGUCUGGUCUGUCCCGGUGGUCUGAUGUCAAGUGGCUUCAACAGCGACGCGUCUCUGGAGGGUUGUUUCCGCGCAUUGGGAGUCCUAGUGAGCAUCGCACUUGCCCUGCUCCCUUUUCGCGCAAGCUUCACCUGGCGAGCACACGAUGCGGAUCUUUGUUCGCCGACCCUUCGGGGGAAACAGGCGACGCGGGGUCGUUAAAGAAGCUGUCAAUUUUGAAUUCCGAAUCCCACCGCCUCUCCUCACCAGACGCUGGUCGAGUCACCGUGUGUUGUCGUGCCAGGCGUUGCAGUCCAGCUUCCGGCCACGCAGUAUAAGAAGCGCACCAUAUGAGCCAACAGGCGUCCGCUCAUUCAGUCGAACACCCGCAAACAUGACGGCCACCAAAAUCGAUGGCAAAAUUAUUGCCCAAUCCAUUCGCGAACGCAUCUCCAGCGACAUUGCGCAGAAGCAGGCGAAGAACCCUCGCUACGAGCCCAGCCUCGUCAUCAUCCAGGUUGGCGACCGCGAGGACAGCUCCACCUAUGUGCGCAUGAAGCUCAAGGCUUCUGAAGAAGCCAACAUUGCAUGCAAGAUUGACAAGUACGAUGAGAGCAUUUCUCACUACGAGUUGCUGGAGAAGAUUGAACAAUACAACAAUGAUGCGUCAGUGCACGGCAUCUUGGUGCAACUGCCAUUGCCCAAGCACAUCAAUGAAUACGAGAUCACCUCGUCCGUCGCCGACGAGAAGGACGUCGACGGUUUUGGAGCAUUGAACAUUGGAGAGCUUGCCAAGAAGGGAGGCAAGCCAUUGUUCGUGCCAUGCACACCCAAGGGUGUCAUGGUGCUUCUGAAAGAGAGCGGAGUGGACGUGCGAGGCAAGAAUGCAGUCGUCAUUGGACGAUCGGAUAUCGUGGGUGCACCGGUCAGCUAUCUGCUCAGGAACGCCGACGCUACGGUGACUGUGUGCCACUCCAAGACCGCCAACCUCAAGGAGGUCGUCAAGCAAGGAGAUAUUGUGGUUGCUGCCAUUGGCAAGCCACACUUCGUCAAAGGCGACUGGCUCAAGCCAGGCGCAGUUGUCAUUGAUGUCGGCACCAACUCCAUCCCGGACGACACCAAGAAAUCAGGCCAACGCUUGGUCGGAGAUGUCGACUAUGACGCCGCAGUCGAGGUCGCGAGCCAGAUCACCCCAGUGCCCGGUGGUGUGGGACCAAUGACCAUUGCCAUGCUGCUGUCAAACGUGGUCGAUGCUGCUGAUGUCUCCUUUGACAGGCAAAAGUCACGCAAGAUUGCGCCUCUGCCACUCAAGCUUCAGCAACCUGUACCUUCAGAUAUUGCUGUCUCGAGAGCGCAGCAUCCGAAGCUCAUCAACAAGGUUGCCUCAGAGAUCGGUGUUGCACCGCACGAGCUCGAGCCAUAUGGCCACUACAAGGCCAAAAUUUCUUUGGACGUGCUGAAGCGUCUGGAACACCGCAAGAAUGGACGCUAUAUUCUCGUUGCCGGCAUCACCCCAACACCACUCGGUGAGGGCAAGAGCACGACCACAAUUGGCCUCACACAAGCGCUGGCUGGACAGCUUGGCCGGAUAGCAUUCGCCAACGUUCGUCAACCUUCGCAGGGUCCUACCUUCGGUAUCAAAGGUGGUGCUGCUGGAGGUGGCUACAGUCAGGUCAUUCCUAUGGACGAGUUCAACUUGCAUUUGACUGGAGACAUUCACGCUAUCACAGCUGCAAACAACUUGCUUGCCGCCGCUAUCGAUACUCGCAUGUUCCACGAGGCUACGCAAAGUGACAAGGCACUCUACAGCCGCUUGGUGCCAAAGAAGAAGGGCAAGCGAGAGUUUGUCCCAAUCAUGUACAAGCGCCUGGAGAAGCUCGGCAUUAACAAGACAAACCCAGAUGACCUUACCGACGAGGAGGUCACUCGCUUUGCUAGGCUCGACUUUGACCCAGAGACGAUCACCUGGAGACGUGUCCUGGAUGUGAAUGAUCGUCACCUCCGUGGCAUCACAAUUGGCCAGGCACCAACAGAGAGCAAGGGACAGCCUCGCGAGACUGGUUUUGACAUUUCUGUCGCGUCAGAGUGUAUGGCUGUCCUCGCUCUGUCGACUGACCUCGCCGAUCUGCGUGAGCGCCUUGGUCGCAUGGUCGUCGCAUCAUCAAAGGCUGGCGACCCAAUCACUGCUGACGACAUCGGCGUCAGCGGUGCUCUUGCUGUGCUGAUGAAGGAUGCCGUGAAGCCCAACUUGAUGCAGACAUUGGAAGGAACACCAGUGUUUGUGCACGCUGGACCAUUUGCCAACAUUUCCAUUGGCAACAGCUCCAUCAUCGCUGACCGUAUUGCUCUCAAGCUUGCCGGCACUGAGCCCGAUGAGGCUGCUGAACACAAUGACAAGGUUGGUUUCGUUGUCACCGAAGCCGGCUUCGACUUCACCAUGGGUGGCGAGCGCUUCAUGAACAUCAAGUGCCGCGCAUCAGGGCUUGUUCCAGAUGUCGUCGUUAUUGUGGCCACUGUGCGCGCGCUCAAGGUGCACGGAGGUGGCCCGGAGAUCAAGGCUGGCGCACAGCUUGACGAAGUCUACCGCACUGAGAAUGUCGAGAUCCUUCGCAAGGGUUGCACCAACCUCGCCAAGCACAUUCAGAAUGCGAAGGCGUACGGCGUCAAGGUUGUCGUUGCCAUCAACAAGUUCGAGACUGACACCGACGCUGAAGCUCAGGUCAUCCGUGAGGAGGCCAUCAAGGCUGGAGCCGAAGAUGCCAUUGUCGCAAAUCACUGGGCCGAAGGUGGCAAGGGAGCUGUCGACCUCGCAAACGGCGUCAUCAAGGCCGCCGAGCAGAGCGAGCCCGAGAAGUUCCAGCUUCUGUACCAGACCGAUGGAGGUUCUGUGCGAGAGCGCAUCGAAGCCAUCGCCAAGAACAUGUACGGCGCUGAUUCUGUCUCGUUCUCCGAGAUCGCCCAGAAGAAGGUCGACACAUACACACGACAAGGCUACGGCAACCUGCCAAUCUGUAUCGCCAAGACACAGUACUCCAUCUCGCAUGACCCCGCGCUCAAGGGUGCGCCAACUGGCUUCGAGGUUCCGAUCCGCGAUGUCCGCAUGGCAGCCGGUGCUGGCUAUCUCUAUGCCCUGGCAGCCGACAUCCAAACAAUCCCAGGUCUGCCUACCGCACCUGGCUACCUCAACGUCGACCUCGACGGCGAGACUGGCGAGAUUGAUGGGCUGUUCUAGGGUUGGGAAGUGUUUACCUGGGAUUGUCAGAGACACGGCGUUGGGCUUCGCCCUAGAUCUUGAUUUUCAAUGAUACCAUGCCAGCUGGUUCAUCACAGCGGCAAUGUUUUUCUCCGUGUGCGGCUAUCUCGACAGGAUAAAAAUCGGAUUAUUCUGGGACUACUUUUUGUCACUCAACGUGAUUUCAUAGCGCGGCGUUGGUGGUAGAAUUCUAGACAGUAUAUGUAAAAGAUAUGGGAAGGGGCAUCCCUGCCCAACUUUGAUUCUCGAACCCGCUCCGCUCCGCGGCAC